UUUUAAUAAUUUCUUCUACAAUUUACGAUGUGACAAUGAGGAAGAAACCAUGUGAGCCUCUACACGAAUUCAUUCUAUCUGCGAAAAACAUCACUUAAACCAUCACAUUACAAUAGUGGUUUGAUACAAUUAAGCCACGCUUAACAUUAAAUUUCAGACGUUCCGAACAAAAUAUUCCAAUCGUUUUCACUGUAUACCAAUGGCAGGGACAUGUUAAAAUUGGAAUUACAUAGUUCAAAGACAAUUGAAUGUUUUCAUGGCAUACGAGCGUUAUCAGCGUUCUGGAUUAUAGCCGGUCAUAGAAUAAAUGAGCUCGAGAAGAUGUUGCAGCAACCAUCGCAUGUUGAUAGCGUAUUCGCGAAAUUUAUCAUUACAGUUUUAAGGACCAAUCAAUACGCAGUCGACACAUUUUUUCUGAUGUCAGGCAUACUCUUCACUCAGUGCUUGGAGAUAACAUGGUACUUGAGUACCGACUUUCAGCUAAUUGUGAUAAGUCCACUGUUUAUAUUCAUUCUGUGGAAGUACAAAUACAAAGCAUUCUGGCUCUUUGUGGCCAUAAUCUGUUCGACUCAACUCGGCAUAUUUUUCGCGCGUUACAACGACACCAUUCCGUCCAGAGAAAUAUAUGGACAAACUCAUUUCCGUAUUGCCCAAUAUUUAAUUGGAAUCGGAUUGGGUUACAAAAUGAAUGAUCUUGAUGUCAAACAUUUCAUGAGAAAGAGAUACCAGUUAAUUGGAUGGUUGGCAUCUUUUUCGAUCUUCAUUGGAAUUCAAAUUAUUCGGGAAACUUAUCGUAACCAGCGUUUCGCUGAGGCGUUUUUUUCAUCCGUCCAUAGAAUUGCCUUCGUUGGAUUGGUGAGUUGGAUCAUUUAUGUUUGUCAUUACUUGAAAUCGGGUGGAAUUGUCAAUUGGUUUCUGUCACAACCACUGUGGCAGCCGAUAGCGAAAAUCAGUUUGAGCAUCUAUCUUAUUCACACCACAUACAUCAUAAUGAGUAACGUCAAUAGUGAAGAUUGUAUGCAUUUGAAUGCAACGUGGUUAAUGCACAUUUUAUUUGGAGACUUUGUUAUAGCAACACUGCUGGCAUCGAUUUUAUACCUUGUGAUUGAAGCACCGUCUAAUUUAAUAAUAAAAUACUUGAUCAAGUAA